UGGUGUCAAGACGAGGCUGCAAGCACAGGCUGCUGGAGUCGCUUACUCUCAUCCGUUGAGUAAUCUUACAAGUCGCAUGGCCUUUUUCGGACCGAAUAUGAUGUUUGCAGAUCUAAGAUGUUCUCCAUCAUGCACCCGUGCUGGCGUUCAUGGUACUGUAUCAAUUUGCCCUCCUGAUUGUUUCCAGUACAAAGGAACACUGGAUGUCUUCUAUAAAAUUAUUCGACAGGAAGGUAUUUCUAGGCUGUGGAGAGGCACAAAUGCUGGAUUAGCUCUCGCUGUACCCACGGUGGGCAUCUACUUGCCGUGCUAUGACAUUUUCCGCAACCAGUUAGAGGAAUUCACUGCGCAAAAUGCUCCAAGUUUGACGCCAUAUGCUCCAUUGAUGGCAGGCUCAUUGGCUCGAUCUUUAGCUUGCACUAGUUGCUACCCCAUUGAACUUGCCAAAACACGUAUGCAGGCAUUCAAGGAUUGUGGGAAGAAACCUCCUGGAGUAUGGAAGACUUUAAUUGAGGUAAUCUACCAGGUCAAGAGCGCGACUAGCUUCACUAACAGCUUGCAAAACUACCGUGUUUUGUGGACUGGCCUUGGGGCACAGCUUGCUCGUGAUGUUCCUUUUUCUGCAAUUUGUUGGUCAACUCUUGAGCCAGUAAGGAGGAGGCUUCUAAGUUACGUGGGAGAUGAAGCUAAUGCAGUCAGUGUACUUGGGACAAAUUUCUCUGCUGGUUUUGUUGCUGGGAGCCUUGCUGCUGCUGCUACGUGUCCGCUUGACGUUGCAAAGACUCGAAGGCAGAUUGAGAGAGAUCCAACAAGGGCAUUGAGUAUGACGACAAGACAGACACUGGUGGAGGUUUGGAGGGAUGGAGGAAUGAAAGGACUGUUUACAGGUGUUGGUCCCCGUGUUGGCCGUGCUGGUCCUUCCGUAGGGAUUGUGGUUUCAUUUUACGAAGUCGUGAAGUACAUCCUAAAUCAUCAGUAUGCUUAGUGAAAUGCAACGAGUUGCUGACUUUAUAUAUUGACAUCUUUCCUCCUCCGGAAGGUCAUGGUUGCUACACUGAGGCCACCUUUAUUCUGGAGGAAGCUGUUUGGUAAUUCUGAUGUGGAUAUAGAUGAACAGUUUUGAAAGUCUGGCGUAGCCAUUUGCACAUGGCUGGAAAUAAUUUCUCUUCAUUUAUUUUUCUGACCCCAAAGUUCGUUGGUUUAGUUACCUGUAAAUCGGAAUUUAAAUCGCAAAGAGAUUUUGGAAAACUUUGGUCAUUUUGGUGACCAUUUUUGCUGAGCAAGUCUCAGUUUAGUUGAUGCAUCUCUGCGGUUGUUGCAAUCGAAUUUAUAGCAAGUUUUUCCUUGAA